CGGCCCGGCCCGGCCGCCGCCGCCAUGUCGGCCCUGUGCGACCCCCCGGGCGCCGCCAGCCCCCCCCGGCCCCCCCUCAGCGCCCAGGAGCUGUCGCAGGAGGUCAAGGCCUUCCUGAGCGGGCUGGACCCGGUGCAGGGCACGCCCCUGUCGCCCCCCGCCCACGCCCGCUGCGCCCUGCGCCUGCUGCGCUGCCUGCCCCCCGCCCGCCACGCCGCCCUGCAGCACCUGCGCGGCCUCUUCGACGACCAGGUGUGCUCCCACCUGCUCCAGCGCGAGGGCAGCGCCCCGUCCCCCGCCCCCAAAGCCUCCCCCGGCGCCGAGGUGGUGCAGGAGGUGCGGCGAGCGCUGGCCGAGCUGGUGGCCGCCAACCCGCGGGCGUGGGCGCCCAACGUGGCCGCCUGGGCCAGCGAGCUGAUGGGGCAGCUGAGCAGCAAGUACGCCGGGAGGCCCGGGGUGCCGCCCCCGGCCAGCCUGAACGAGCUGCUGCAGCUCUGGAUGUCAUGUCCGGCCACCAGGGCGCUGCUGGACAUCUACAGCCAGUGCCUGGCCGCCAUGGUGGGCAGCUGUCCGGACGCCUGCGUGGACGCGCUGCUGGACACGUCGGUGCAGCACUCGCCGCACUUUGACUGGGUGGUGGCCCACGUGGGCUCCUCCUUCCCCGGCACCAUCAUCAGCCGCGUCCUGUCCUGCGGCCUCAAGGAUUUCUGCGCCCACGGCGGCGACGCCGCGGGGACGGCCACGGGCGACAAGCGCGUGCCCAAGAUCGCGUCCGUGGUGGGCAUCCUGGGCCACCUGGCCUCGCGCCACGCGGGCAGCAUCAAGCAGGAGCUGCUGCGGAUGUUCCACGAGAGCCUGGGCUCCACCCGCGAGCACCACAAGGCCACCGUGCCCUUCCUGCUGCAGCUGGCGCUGAUGUCCCCGACGCUGCUGGCCACCGUGUCCCCGGAGCUGGUGGACUCCCUGAAGCCGCCGGUGCUGAACCAGCUGCACCAGCACUUCUCGGCCAUGCCCAGGGACGAGCUGGACGGCGUGGUGGGCGUAGUGGUGCACCUGCUGUGCCACACCUCGGCCGGGGCGCUGCGGACGCUGCGCUUCCUGCUGGCCACGGCCGCGCCCGCCUCGGUCAUCACGGCGCCGGGGCCGGCGCUGCACGAGGGCGUCCGCGAGGCCUGCGAGCGGCUGCUGCAGCUGCUGCUGCUGCACCUGCACAAACUGGUGCACGGCCGGAGCUCUCCCAGCCUGGCCGAGUGUCCGGCGCGCCCGGUGCCGUUCCUGGACGCUCUCCGGCCGCACGUGCGGGAGCUGUGCCUGGACACGCUGCGGCUGGAGCGGAAGCGCUGCCUGUGGCAGCACCAGCUGCUGGCCCUGCUGGCCGUCCACUCGGCCCCCCACGGCGCGGCCGAGGCGCUUUUCUUCCUGCUGGCGCUGGCCAGGACGCCCGAGGAGCUGGCGCUGGCGCCGCAGCUGCACGCCGGGCUCUGCGCCGUCCUGCCGGACCCGCUGCCCGCCGCCAUCACCGCGGCCGUGGCGCAGAUCCACGCCGGCCGCCUGCCCGAGCCGCAGCUGGCGCAGCUCCUGCGCAACCUGGCGCUGCUGCUGCAGCACCGCGAGGGCGACGGGGACGGCGGUGACCCCGCGCUGGGCGCGGCGCUGGCGCGGCACCUCCCGGAUCUGGCCCAGCUGCUGCUGCACCCGCGGCCGGAGGUGGCCGAAGCCGCGUGCCGCCUGCUGGCCGCCUGCCCGCUGCCCCGGGCGCUGCCCCCGGCCCACCUCCUGCCGGCCGUGCGGGCGGCCGUGCGCCGCUUCUUCGCGGGGCUGUGGCUCGGCGACGCGGCCGCGCUGGCCCCCGGCGUGCGGCUGCUGGCCCGGCUCAGCGCCGUGUCCCCCGCGGCCGCCAAGGCCGUGCUGGCCCAGCUGGUGGAGGGGGCCCUGCGCGGCCGCAACGCCGAGCUCUUCGGGGGCACCGCGGAGCCGCCCGGCCACGAGGACGCGCCGGUGCCGCCCGCGGUGUCGCUGCUGGACACCAACCAGCGCUUCACGGCCGGCCUCAACACCUCGGGCGGCGUGUGGUCAGUGUUCCACGCCGGGGUCAUCGGCCGCGGGCUGAAGCCGGCAGCCGGCACCGGUCAGCGCGCAGCUGAGGAGCUGAGCCGCAACACCCAGACCUUCCUGAGCCUCGUCCUGCGCUGUUGCCGCGGCUCCUGGGCGGCCAGGCCGGGGCUGGGGGUCAGCGCCGAGGCGGCCAAAGCGGUGGCGGCCGCGCUGGUGGAGGCCGUGUGCCCGGAGGCGGCCGGAGCCGAGCUGGCCUGGCCGCCUGAGGAGCUGGCCCGGGCCACCGUGGAGCGGGACCUGCGCAUCCUGCGGCGCUUCCGCCAGCACCCGCUGCUCUUCCCGCUGCUCCGCCUCGUGGCCGGCGGUCACCCGGCCCUCUGCUACUGCUCCGUGCUGCUGCGGGGGCUGCUGGCCAGCCUGGUGGCCCACUGGGACGCCUGCAGGGCCAGCAGCACGGUGGCCUCGCCGUGGCACCUGCGGGCGUCGUGCGCGCUGGUGGCGCUGCUGGCCGAGGGGUCCCUGCUGCCCCCCGUGCUGGGCAACAUGCACGAGCUGUUCCCGGAGCUGGCGCCCUUCGAGGUGCACCUGCUGCUGCUCAGCGUCUGGGAUUACCUGCGGGAGAACAGCCCCCUGCCCCAGAAAUUCACCUUCCAGCCCGAGCUGGGCGUGUUCCGCCGGGACUUCGGGCGGGAUGGGGACGUGGGGAAGCACCUGGCCGUGCUGCACAGCGUCCUGCACAGGAACAUCCACCGGCUGGGGCUGCUGGCGGGGAGGUUCUACCCCUGAGGGGCUCCCCAGAG